AUGGAACAAGAGCCUGCAGCCAUCACAGAGCUUAAGCUUGCUGAAGAUGUGAAACCAUCAAUGCCAAAGAUUGAAAAUGCUAGGGAAUUUAUGGCAAAGGUAAAAGAGUAUGCACAAUCGGACAUUAUUGACAAGUCCAUUACAUGCACCCUGUUGACUGAGCUAACUAUUAAGAAGUUUGAUUGGUAUUCAUUGAUGAGGUGGAAAGGUCCAUUUGCAAAACUUCUGGAAAGUCGAGGCAUAUAUGCACAAUAUACUAUGCCUAGUACACCACAACAAAAUGGUGUGGCUGAAAGGCGAAAUCGUACUAUCAUGAAAAUGAUUGUUGCGUAUCUGCUUAAUAGAGUUCCUAGUAAGGCAAUUCCAAAGACUCCUUAUGAAUUAUGGACAGGAAAAAAACCCAGUUUAAGACAUCUUCAUGUCUGGGGUUAUCCAGUAGAAAAAAUGAAGAUAAUAAUCUUCUUCCUUUGCUUUACACUCCCCUUGGCAUUGGGUGAGCUGAAGGUUGGAUUCUAUGGCUCCUCGUGCCCCAAAGCAGAGUCAAUUGUGCAGCAAAUGGUGCAGAAGCGAUUCAAUCGUGACAAGUCCAUUACUGCAGCCUUGCUUCGCUUGCAUUUCCAUGACUGUGCUGUCAGAGGUUGUGAUGCAUCCAUUCUCAUAGACUCCACGGACGACACGCCAGAGAAAGAAUCAGGUACAAACGAGGGCGUACGAGGAUUCGAUCUGAUCGAUGAGGUGAAGGAGAGCCUUGAAGCAGCAUGUCCUUCAACAGUGUCAUGUGCAGAUAUCAUAACACUGGCUACAAGAGAUGCCGUGGCCUUAUCUGGAGGACCCAAAUACGAUGUUCCCACAGGAAGACGCGAUGGCUUAGUCUCCAACGCUAACGAUAUCAAGAUUCCAGGACCCAGCAAUCCCGUCUCCGUAAUAUCACAAUUUUUUGCCAGUAAAGGCAUAACAACACAAGAAAUGGUGACCCUUUUUGGUGCACACACCGUUGGUGUUGCGCACUGUAGUUUCUUUUCUGAUAGAUUUUCCAACUCCCAAGGGAAACCUGACCCUACAAUGGACCCUUCGUUGAGUGCUAAGUUGAUGAAGCUGUGCAAUUCAACUGGUGAUCCAGCUACACCUUUGGACCAGAAGACAUCUUUUCUUGUUGAUAAUCAGUUCUAUAAGCAGAUUCUUGUUAAGAGAGGUGUGUUGGAGAUUGAUCAGCAACUUGCCUUGGAUACAAGCACCAAGAGCUUUGUGUCAGAUUUGGCGUCAAAUGAGGAUAAUUUUGAGAAUAGUUUCGCCAGUGCAAUGAUAAAGAUGGGGAAGAUUGAUGUUCUUGUUGGAAAUCAAGGAGAAAUUCGCAAGAAAUGCUCGGCUUUCAAUAACCGCAACUAG